AUGAUGAAGGUUAUGCUUGUUGCUUGUGAGCCUUGUCGCCAGAGAAAGAGGAAAUGCGACCGAGCAUACCCAUCCUGCGCCCUGUGUCAUAAGACUGGCCGCAAGUGCUUCUAUGCUGUCUAUCGAGUCACGGACCCGAUCCACGAGAAACCAAAGCCCAAUGCCACUGUCGCGGUGGAAUCCCACAAGAAGAAUCCCCGAGAUAUCAGCCCGGAUUCGUGGGAAGCCGUGUCGGAUCAACUGUCUUUGUCCUGGGCGAUACAGUCGCCGACCGUCCCGGAAUCGUAUCCCAUCGCCUAUCGCUGGUACAUGCCAAAGUUGAUCAAACACUUUUACAAUGGACUCGGUGUUGCGCAGAUCCCAGUCGGCGCCAAGUGUAGUGCUUACAAGCUGCAGACCGUUUGGCUCAGAAGCGCAAUGGAAGAUCCCUGCUUAUUUCAUGCCACACUGUUCGCCGGCUCUUCCCAUUUUGAUAUCUCUCGGGGACAGAAGCAAAGCAUGAUCACCCUAUAUCACUACAAUGAGCUGAUCAAGCUGGUCAAGAAGCGUCUUGCCGACCCAGCGACCGCGUUGGACGAUCGUACGAUCGCUUCUAUUACCCCACUGGCACUAUUUGCUAAUCUUGGUGGUGAUCGAGCUUCAGCCGAAGUGCACCGAACUGGUCUGGAGAACAUGGUGAUGCUACGGGGCGGGAUGCACAACCUGGGCUUAGACGGCCUGAUUUCAUCACUCAUCCACAUGAACCGAAUCGUGUCCAAUAUCGUCUUUGAUUUGGGGGCGAGCACCGUACCUCAGUUUCAGCUGAUGCCCCCACUCAGUCUCGAAGAACGGAUACUCAACAUGCCUACGAGACCACCUGGACCCGACAGCUUUCUUUGCUCGAUCAAGGCCCUGUUUCAACACGUGCACCAGACAAAGCUCCAGUCAAUGUCUUCCCGGCGAACGGAUCACUGGGGCCAGGGCACGCCAACAAUUCUCACAAUGCCACCGCCUACGACUGAGGACCCUAUCUACCAGUGCUGCUAUCUCGCUUGCAAGAUCUUCCAGACGAUCGUCGAUGGUGGGGCCAGCGGGUGCAGUUUUGUUGAGUACCUGGACGCAUUGGCGAGAAGCCUGCGAGACGCGCUAGCCCUGACGGAGGAGGAGGUCUGGCUGCGGCAUUUUCCCGUGCCUCACACUUGGGCCUGCAUCACCGGCGCCGCCGCGUCGAGUGAUUCUCAGAUCCGGACGUGGUUUUACUUCCGGCAAGCGUCCACCGCGCGAAUUCUCAACAUCGACGGGGACUACACCUUCCUGGAUGACCUUUCUUCGCACUUCGACUGGCUUCGAAGCCUGCGGCGGGACGCCCUCCAGCGCGACGAGAAAGCGGUCUGA